UUCAAGCGACAGUUGUAGACGAUGCGUUAGCAACCUUGUGUGUUGCUAAUAUAGACUCCCGUAUAUUGUUAUAAACAAAGAUUGUACUUUAUUUGUUCGGCUAUAGAAGCAAUAACUCAUUAGGUGAUCGUAAAGCGAUGGAAACAGCGACGGGUGAACACGUAUCUAUCCUAUCUAAAACAGAGCAGCGCAAACUGAAAUUGGCAGAAUACCUGGCAGCAAAAGGCAGACUGAAAGCACCUAAUCCAAAACCUUAUCUAAAGGACAAGCCUGUUGCGAAGAAACAUACAGAAACUAAGGAGAAAUCAAAAAUUGCAGGUGAUGAAAAGGAGAACUGUGACAUUAAUGGCACAAAUGUCAAAGAAAUUAGGAGAGUGAAGACAUUGGCAGAGGUUGAUAAAAAGAUUGCCAACUCCACCUCCUCAAAAACAAGACUCAGAACCGAUUCAUUUGCCAGACCCCCACCACUGUUCUCCAGUAAUUCCCGUAAUGCUUCACUGUUCUUGCACAAAACUGCUCUUUGUCAAGCAGACCUUCAGAGUUCACAUGGUGCCAGAACAGCUUCCAUUCAAAUUCCUGUAAGGAAACUGCACAAAGCCAAGAAAACUGUACUGCUUUCCCACACAGCAAAUGGAACCCAUCAACAAAGCCAUCAGAAUGUCCAAAGCAAAGCCAACAAGCAAACUCAGCCAUCUUCCAGCACUGCAGAUAAGACUCAUAAGUCAAAAAAUUCAAGUCUUGUUUCAAUCUGUGGUCCAUCACAACCUGAACGUGGUAUCCCCCAUAGAGGACCAGAUAACAGGCAUACUAAGACAGACCAUCAUUCAACCAGACCAACCAAAAAAUUGGUUUCAGAUAACAUGGUUGCAAAAAUUAGUGUCCAAACAACCUCAACUGCCAAGAUGCAAUUGAAGAGCCAAAGACCAGCAAACAGGAAUGAGACAAAAAUUCAGACAAACAAUGUUUCUAAUACCCAGGCUAUGCCAACAAAACUCCCACAAAAGCCCAGACUUGGGAUUAACAGCAAAACACACAACACCAAUGCUCAGUGCAAUAAGCAGAUGACCCGAAAAACACAUUCCACAACAGAAAGACCAAAUCAGAGAAAGGACAUUUCGCAUGUUGACACAAAUGUAGAUGCUGCCAAAAGUAAAUUGCUUAACUCUGUCAUAAAUAAAGCCACAAGAACAAGUGUCUCUUCAACUGUAUUUAAGCCUGCAAAUAGUGGAAUUACAGCAGUCAUCAAAAAUAAACCGCAAACUGCAGUUAAACUAAACAAUGCCACUGCAUCCACCAAACUAUUAGGUCGAAACAUCAAGAGUUCUGUGCUGCCACAGUCUACCAAUGCCCCCCAAGAGCUUCAGCCGGCCACUAAGAGAUCCAGCCAGGCCAAGCCAACGGUGCUGUUGCAGACUCCUAAACCCAGUUUGUGUCCCAGUACUCAGGGUGUCAGGACAGCCCCGGUGGAUGGAAGGAAGAAGCCGACUGCAGCUCAGGAGGAGAGACUGCGUAAACUUCAGGAGUGGCGGGAGGCAAGGGGUGUUACAUAUAAACGCCCCCCAAUGCCUGUCCGGCUGGUGAGGAGGAAGACAGUCUCUGCUUUUCCUCAGCCAUAUUGGACUUCUAUGGAGCAGGAAGAAUGCGUUCAUGACUUUGUCUUUGCUGUGGGCCGAUCACUUGAUGACUGUAUUAAAUUAUUACAGCAGGGUUGCCCGGUGGAGCAGGUCAAAGAUGUGCUGUCUCGGGUGCCAAUGGCACAGAAGUUUGCCAAAUACUGGAUCUGCCAAGCCAGACUGAUGGAAAGAGAAGGAAAUCUAGAAAUCCUACCCAUGUUCCAGGAGGCUGUUCGUGUAGUAAGAGAGCCAGUGGAUGAGCUCCGGUCUGUGGUUUUUGAGAUCCUUAAAAAGAGACAGGCUCAAGAUUUGUCUCCUGUUCCAAAAGAGCCUAUAGAGAUGGAGACAGGUGAUGAGCAGGAAGCCCAUGAUAACAUAAUGUGUACUCCAAAACCUGUCAGUGCCCUCAUAUGUGGAAUGAGGGGAGACUCAUCUGUUGUCAAAUAUAAAAUUACAGCCACCCCAGGAGGGAAGAGGAGUCAGCAGGGAGGAGAACCUGGACGUGUAGACGGGCAUGAAAUCCGUUUCUUUACCCCAGUGCGCCGUUCAGUACGGAUCGAGAAAACUGCUAUGUGCUAUCCCACAGCCUUGCAGGAACAUGACCCAUGUGUGACCUCUCUUUGUGACCUUGCAGACGGGGAUGAGAGUAAUGGAGAACUCAAAGGUAACACACAACCCCAGAGCUCCCCUGUGUAUGUGUUCCGGGAGAAUGAAGCACUGAGAGACCAUGUUACAGUUCAACUUGUUUAUCCAGAUGAGGCUGAAACAUAAUCAUAUUUAUAAUUAGCCAUGAGCUGAAUUUCUCUCCAGGGAUCAUUGAACUGUGUUAGCAUAUCUAUCUUGAAGCUUGUUUUACUAUUUGUAUGCUAAAUGUGUAUUUUGGGUGUGUGUUAUGUGCUUUUGCUGCACAAUGACCAUUUUGCUGAGCUCUUGUGUUAUUUAAAAUAUCUCUUUUUAGCCAGAUAUGAGCAGCAAUGCUCAUUUAAAAUAUGCUAAUAUCCUUUAGCUUUGACUGUUGGUAUCUUUCCCUACCCUAAUUAGUUGCAACCUAUUUGGCUUAUACCUUCAUGGUUAGUACAAAUGUAUGCAAAAAGAUAAAACAACAGAAAUUAUCCUGUAUUUUGUGUGUGCAUUAUGUUUUGCUGUAUCUACAAAAUAAUGAUUGCAUAUGUUUUGGUGUAAAAAUCCUAAGGUGUAUUUUUGUUUGCAAAACUUUUCAUAAAAAGAUUUGUUAUUCAUAAAAGAUAUUUCUUUUCCUAUCUUAUUUGUUAGUCCUUAAUUGAGUUGUAACUGAAGGG